AUGACAAAGCAGACAAUUCGAGCACGGCCAGAUUUCACAAGCGCUUUUAUUUUGGUUAUAGAUGUUUUUAAAGUAGGGAUGGGCGCAAUUCUAGCACAAGAAGAUACGGUGGGGAAAAUUAAAAUGAUAUUUGCGUUUUCAAAAAACCACGACAAUCAUCAAAAAACCAUUCGUCUCAGGCAAGGAACUUUUAGCGGUAAUAAAAAGCAUCGUUUAUUAUCCCCGCCAUCUUUUGGAAAAAGAAUUCACCUAAAGAACCGACCAUAA